AUGAUUCCCCAUGAAGCAGAGGUGCUUUCAGCAUUGAUAUUACUCAGUAACACACCCUAUGAGAUAAUCAGCAAUCAUCAAGAUCUAGCUCUGCGGACCUUGACAAACAUCAGACGGGCACUUGAUUCCACUUGUAUCGCAGGUGCGGAUUUUCCGAACAAUGUUGAGGCUGAAGCUACUGGUGAUACUGGCGAACCUCGUGGAUACCAAGGAGAUAUCACAGCGUUAGAAGCGCAAGCUACACCCAAAGACGCGUCCUCGCUUCCCGCAAAUUCGAUAAACGCCAUCCCUGAAGACAGACCUACAGAUCUUCAAGAACUUGAGCCUUCCACGUUACCGGAAUGCUCUUCGCAAAGCACACAGAGAAAACGAAAGCGACAGACGGCCAAAUAUACACCUUCCGCAGCAUUGAUUGAAGCUGCAAAAGCGCGUCUGCCGCAAAUACUCGAUCUUUGCAAGUCCAAAGCUUCUCUUUCCGAGAUACUGCAGACAGAACAGGAAAUGCAAUUUGCAGACAAAAGAAUUGAUCAUCUAAAACAAGUUGACGGCAAUAAAACACCUAGCGAUGAACAGAAACUUUUGAAGGGACUGAGCCAAUUGUCUCUAGCUCAACAAUUCACAGAUUGGGAGUUCAACCGAGGCUGGAAGCCAAAAUCUGAUAUGCUCUACGUUGAAUCCCAAUCCGUUGAGGUCGAAUCCCAAGCUACUUGUGCGAAGUCUGGCAAGAUGAGUCGAUUUAUCAGGGACCACGACUACCCCAAAUCAGAUCAUAACGUCGUGCGGAAAGGAAUACAAAAAGGAUUAAACCAAAUUGUGUUUCUCAGAUUAUUGAAUGACAAUUCAACCUCGUCUGACCAUAAGAAAGCGGCCAAGGGGAUAAUAGCCCUUGUUACAAUUUUCCAGUAUGCUUUAUUCCAAAAGUUAUCAAUCUUGGAGUUACCCAUGCUCGCGAAGACCUUGCUUCAUGAAGGAAAACAUUCUGAAUUCAUACGGGACGCACAGGUUGUCUCACCAUGGUUUGAACAUAUGAGCGGUGAUUUCGAAAUGAUCUCACAGACGACGAAACGAGGGCCGCGAGACACACAAGCUCCGGCAAAUGUGCCUUCUCAUCCUGUCAACUGGCCUGCAGAAGUUGAUACACAGGCACGACGCUUGAACGGCCUUUUAGGGCAGGAUGAAAGGUCCGUUCGUGAACGUAGUAUUGAUGCUGCCCAGCCCAGCUUGACAUCUCAUGAGCUCACGAGCUUUUCCACUUUUCCUAGCCACGACUCAACGCUCACGAGAAGACCGUCAAAUUCGGCAUUUGUUGGCAUUCAGUAUACACCUGAAAGAACUCAAGUUUUACCAACAGCAGGUUCACACGACUUGGCUCAAUUCUCUAAAAAUACAAACAACAUCGACAGUACCACGACCAGUGAUUCUGUGUCACGCCUCAUGUCCCACGAUUUAAGUAUGUUCUCCACGGCCCCUUCUACAGUCUCAUUUCAACAACCUCUGGCUCUUCCACGGACAUACUCCGCAUUAGCCGUGGACCGGUGCAACCCCUUUUCGUGCUUUCAGGAUACGCCGCAGGCCAUCUCACACGAGCUUUCCUCUUUCUCCACAGCGCCAAUUACAGAUGCAGUGCAUUGA